AUUUAUUAUUUUUUAUUUAUUGUAAAUUUUUCGUCUAUCGUGAAGCGUGGGUUCUUAAUUAGUAAAUAUAAAUUUGGUAAGGUCAUUAGGGUUUUUCUUUUUUGUUUUUUUGCGAGGUUAAAUGAAAAAAAGGCCCAACGGAUCGAGUGUAUAAUCUAGACAUACUUUUUGGUGUGCCCCUGGCGUUGCUCGAAAGCGACUGAUGGACAAAGAGUGAACGCACCCGGCAUUUGCAAAUAGAAAAACUCUAUCGCAAAUAGAAAAUCUCUAUUGAAGGUGCGAGUUGUGCAACGAAUCAACUACGCGCCCUCGAUCGGCCGCGUAGACGAUUUCCUUCAGAUUCGUUAAUUUUCUCUCCUCAUGAUUUCUUUCGACCGCAUCCCUUCCUCUCCUUCGGUCCUCAAGAAUUAAUCAAACCCUAACCCUAAUUUCCCACCCGAUCUGCCGUACUCGCAUGAGCUACAUCAAGGAUCUCUUCAAUUCCUUCUCCUCCCUCCUCUCCGCCGCCGCUGCCGCGAAUCCGCUCGCGCCCGGCUCCGAUCGCGCCAUGGAGAGCUCCGCCGCCGCCGCCGCCGCCGCCGCGGGGCCCUCCAACGUCGUCGGCGAGAGGGCGGCGCUGAAGUUGAAGGGGUACUUCGAGCUGGCCAAGGAGGAGAUCGACAAGGCCGUGCGCGCCGAGGAGUGGGGCCUCGCCGACGACGCCGUCGCGCACUACAAGAACGCGCUCCGCGUCAUGCUCGAAUCCAAGGCCGUCCGAGUCCCCGACGCCCUCUCCUCCGUUGAGAAGAUGCAGGUUAAGACUUACCAGCAAAAGAUAUCAAAAUGGCAGGGGCAAGUUGCGGAGAGACUACAAAUAUUAAGUCAGAGGACAGGUAGAUUUUACUUUCUGUACACUUUGUUGGCUCAGGUGGUUAUAGCUGAAUUUUGGGUUUCAAAAACUUGA